AUGAAGCUGACAUCCCGGAAAUUCUUGUUCUGGCGUACGCAGCUGCUCCCAUUUCUUUGGAGCCAGGAACUCCUCGGUUAUGUAGAUGGUAGCCUGUCAUGCCCGCCGGCAACGAUCGCCGCCCCUUCGUCAUCUGCGGAUUCCAGUACCAUUCCGGCGGUCAGCGUUGUUCCGAAUCCAGCAUACCAAGUCUGGGUGAAACAGGAUCAAUUGAUUCUUUCACUUGUGAUCUCGUCGAUGUCGGAUGAGGUCUUGUACCUUGCGCUUGGCCGAAACAUGUCUGCUGCGAUGUGGGAGUCCAUCACCACGGCGCUAGGGUCCUCCAGCCAAGCUAAGUGUCUCAAUCUGUUGGCGCAGUUCCAGCUUCUCCGCCAAGGGAAUUCCACCACCGCUGAUUAUCUCGGGCGCGCGGGUGUGUUGGUGGAGUCUCUAAUCCAGGCCGGCAGGCCUUUAUCGUUGAUGGAGCAAAAUUUGUACGUCAUCCGCGGCCUGCGUCCGGAACUGAAAACGUUGGCGGCCUCCUUCACCUCCGGCAGUGCAGUCACCCUUGCGCAUCUUUCGGACUAUCUGCAAGCAAAUGAAUUCAUUCUGGUGGAUGAUUUCCCUGCUGCCGACGAAAUUGCUGCCCACUCGGCGUUCUAUGCCGGCAAUGGUCGUGGUGUGUCUUCUGGAGGCGGACGACAUCAACAACAAUCGGGUCGAGGCUCCUCGUCCGGUGGCCGUGGUGGGCGCGGUGGCCGGCAGAACCGAGGUGGCCGCGGAGGUCCUCGGUGCCAGAUUUGUCGCUCCCAUGGACAUUCGGCUAUGUACUGCUUCAAGUGGUAUCAUCCGCAACUGGCCGCGCCGCAAGCUCACGUCGCCGUGUCGGGCGACACUCCGCCGGCUCCGGACACCGGUGCCACCGCGCAUGCGACCCCCGAUACGAACAUGUUGGGGCAGUCGGAGGAAUACACUGGUUCUGAUGUGCUACAUGUGGGUAAUGGUGCAGGAUUCCAUCACCAAAGUGGUCCUGCUUAG